CUGCUCUCUCCUUCACUGGAAGAUAGUCUUUAUCCUAAAUGGCUCAGCUGGUUUGGUCUUUGUUAGGAAAUAUGCAAUCCAACAGUUCCUAGGGGAAGGUGAGUGCAGUUGCCUCAAUGGUUGGAGGAAGUGCCUAAAUCAAUCCCUCUGCAACAGAACUGAAUGUGACAUCCUGGAAUAUGGAUGCCAACCAAGAGAGUGAUGGAGAAGCCACACCACCUGAUGUUGAACAAGUGAGACAACAAGAGAAUCUUCACAUGAGAACACCUGAGAAUAGGAAUCUCACAGGUGGAGAAAGAGAGAUUUUCCAGCCACCUCAGAUACAAGAAGGAUGUAGAACUUACAUCCAACUACAAAGCUGUGACCAAAUGGAUUCAGUGAGAAGAGAUUCUCUCUUAGAGGACCAAAGUUUAAGUGAAGCAACUUCCAGUGGGAGAGAAGUCGUGGAGAGAGGGUGUGAGGAAAACUUGAUGCAGAGUUCUGAUAUUUUACAGGGGACGUCAGUGCAGAGCAAAAAGAAAUCUUAUAUAUGCCCAGAGUGUGGGAGAAGUUUAAGCCACAAAUCUUCCCUUUCAAGACAUCUACGACAUACCCACAGAGGAGAAAAGCUAUACAAAUGCCCAGACUGUAGGGAAAGAUUUAAGUCUAAGUCAGACCUUUCGGUCCACAAAAAAUCACACAAAAAAGAGAAGGCACAUCAAUGUAUAGAGUGUGGGAAAAGCUUUAAGCGCAAGGGGUAUCUUGAUCAACAUAGAAGAAUUCACACAGGAGAGAAGCCUUAUAAAUGCUCAGAGUGUGAGAGAACUUUUCGCUUUCUUUACGGUCUUACUCAACAUAAAAGAUUGCAUACUGGAGAGAGGACACAUACAUGCCCAGACUGUUGGAAAAUAUUUAGUUCUAAUGCAAACCUUUUAAAACAUCAAAAACUCUACACAGGAGGGAAGCCACAUAAGUGCUUGGUAUGUGGGAAAAGCUUCUGUGUUCCAUCAAGGCUUGCUCGACACACAAGAUCGCAUACUGGAGAGAAGCCGUAUUCAUGCUCAGAUUGUGGGAAAUGUUUUAGUUCUAGUUCAAGUCUUUCAGCACACAAAAAAUCCCACACAGGAGACAAGCCACAUCAAUGCGCAGAGUGUGGGAAAAGCUUCAAGUACAAAUGUCAUCUUGUUGAACAUAUAAGGGUUCACACAGGAGAGAAGCCUUAUAAAUGUUCAAAGUGUGGGGAAGCUUUUGGCUCUGCAUCUGGUCUUCGUCAUCAUGCAAUACGUCAUAGAGGAAAGAAACUAUACCAAUGCUUGAAAUGUGGGAAAAACUUCAGUCAGAAAUUACACCUUGUUGUCCACAAGGGAAUCCAUACUCGAGAGAGGCCACAUACAUGCUUUCAGUGUGAGAAAUUGUUCCAUCAAGCAACUGAACUUCUGCUGCACAAGAAAGGGCAUAAACAAAAGAAAACCAAUCAUUGCUUGCAAUGCCAGAGAACUUUCCAUCGGUACUACCGGUAUCUUGUACAUCUCAAAUUCCACAGGCGUAAGAAGCAAAACAGGUGCUCAAAGUGUGGGAAGAACUUUUUCUGGAAAGGCAGCCUUAAAAUACACAUGAAAAAAACAUGCCAGAGCUAGAUUAUGAUAGAUUUUGCACUAGGCUUGUUCUGGGUGGAGAGCCCUUUUGCUCCCGGUGCUUCUCUCCUUUUUUGCACAAGGUGCCCCGGAGCUGUGAGUUGGCGCAUCGCUUUUCUUCAGCAAGCGAGAUCCUCUUACAAGUGAGCUUGUCGCUCCGGAGCAGCUUGUGUGAAAACUGAGAGAAGUGCUGGGGGCAAAAGGGGUCUCCCCACCCGGAACAAGCCCUCGUGCGAAAUCAGUCUAUGUGAACAUAUGGAAUGUGGCACAUAUAACCCAUCAUUAACUAGUGUUUGUAGGAAGAAGGGAAACCCAUUCAGGAGAAAAGGCAGGUUCGGUCAAAAGUCAUUGCUUUUUCUACAGCAAAACUUACACAUGCUUAGUGUUGGGGAGAAGCAUCAGCAUCUAAGGUUCGCACCUGUAGCUCAAUGAGUUACCUAGCCCGGUUGCGGAAAACUCCAUGGACAAAAUAAUUGCCUUUUUUGUUUGUGGGUGGAACUUUCUGAGGGAACAUUCAGAACCUCCGUCAUUAGGGAAUCUCCUUGCUUAAGCAGACUUCUGUCACCUCAGGGGCAUUCAACAUUUUAAGUAUACUUUUCAAUAACUGCAAUGCAUUACUCAGGCCUUUAAGAGAAAUAUUGUUCCAUGUUGUUGACCAGAAUUUUUAACGUGUAUGCUCAUUUUUAUCUUCAUUAUGUUUUGUGCUGAAGAGUUUGCACCUUGCACUUUGGAACAUGGGAGGGGUGGUGUGUAGACUGGCAAUGUGGACCAAUUCUUUUUAAAGCUAAAUAAAUGUUUUUAAUUC